UCUAUCAAGAGCAUAUAAUUCCACAUUAAGAUCACUUCUUCCUGAAUUAAAAAAUCACGAUCUAUCAGAUUUCAUUAUAAAUCAAUUUCUUUCAUUAGAAAAAAAUCGCCCUUACCUAGAUACUCGAUCAUCCUUAAGUCUCAAUACGGAACAAUACAAGAUCUAUAGUACACUAUGUAAUGUAUGGGGAAAAAGUAAUGAAGGAAAAUAUCCUUACUUCUUUCUAACAGGUUCAGCUGGAACAGGAAAAACGUUUAUGUUACUUCAAAUAAUUACAUUUCUUCAAUCCAAAAAAAAAAUAUAUUUACUUAUGGCUUUUACCGGAGUUGCAGCACAGAAUAUUGGUGGAAAAACUAUACACUCAUGCUUGAAAAUACGAUUUCAAGAUGGAAACUAUGAAACGUUAAUUCAUAUAAAUAAUCAAGAUGAAUCUGAUUUAAAAAAAAUUGAGGCGAUAUUAAUAGAUGAAAUAUCAAUGGUUGAUGCUGAUUUAUUUACCUUUCUAAGUAAUACCUUCGCAAGAAUUCAUAAAAAUAAUCUUAUUUUUGGAGGUGUACCAAUACUUGUAGUAGGCGAUUUGGCUCAACUUCCUCCAAUUAGACCAC